AUGUUCGGGAGUGCCUGUAGGCGGAGGGAGUCGUUCGCGCUCCGAUUAGAGACGCGGCGCCCAUACGAGCAUUCGGGCCCAAUUGCGUCUACUUGCAGAGCGCGUGCGGCCAUGGCGACAAUGAGCCUCCUCCUCGAGCCGACCUGUCCUGUUCACCCUCCGAAAAGGUUCGACGGUCGGUUCCACCAGAAGACGACGGCGGGUUCCUCUUUACCAGCUGUCGAUUGGCUUUACUGGAAGAUUCAUGCUGACACCGUUUCCGAGGUGAUCUUCUUCGAUUCCGGUGAAAAGGUGCUAAGCUUUCAUCCCUCAUGA